UAACGUAUCAUUAAUGUAAUAUUCAAUAUUAAUCUGUUCAAUUCCAGAUUUUUUUAUUUGCUUAAUGGUAAUUUUAACAACUGUAUUAAUGCAUCAUUUACUUAAAAUGUUACUAAAAGCGUAUUGUUAUUUUCUAAGUUUUUGUAACUAUUAAUUAAAUUACUCAAGUUAUAUUAUUAUUUUUCCAUUAUUGCUACGUGAAAGAUUCCACAUCCAAGCACUUAACUUUAAUAAAUUAAGUUGAAAAUAUUUGAAUAAUAUCGUAAAUAAUUGAAAUGUUAAGAUACAGAGGAAAAAAAUUAGCACUUAAUAAUAUUGUGAAAGAAUUAGAUUCAUUCCCUAAGGUUCAAGAAGAAAUUUAUGAACCAUCAACUUAUAGUAAUGUUAUACUGACAAUUUUAAUUUCUAUAUUUGGAUUAUGGUUAUUGAUUUCUGAAAUACAAUAUUUUUUCCAAGAACAAUAUAUAUACAGAUUUGUACCAGACACAGAUUAUGAAUCUAAACUUCCAAUAAACAUUGAUAUUACAGUUGCAUCAACUUGUGACAGUAUAGGUGCUGAUAUUGUUGAUACAACAGGACAAAAUAUGAUGUUAUUUGGAGAAUUAAAAACUGAUGAUACUUGGUGGGAAAUGACAAAAGAACAGCAACAGCAUUUUGAUAAAAUGCGUGAAUUUAAUGCAUAUUUAAGAGAAGAAUAUCAUUCAAUGAAAGACAUAUUAUGGAUGUCUAAUGAUUAUAAUACAUUAAAAAAUAAAUUUUCUAUUAGAACAGAAAAACCAAAUACUUUACCUGAUGCCUGUCGCAUACAUGGGUCAUUAAUUCUCAAUAAAGUUAUAGGUAAUUUUCAUAUAACUCCUGGAAAAUCUCUAAUAGUUCCAGGUGGCCAUGUGCACCUCACUGGGCCAUUUUUUGGAUCAGAGGCUACUAAUUUUUCUCAUCGAAUAAAUCAAUUUUCAUUUGGUAUUCCGACUAAAGGGAUAAUAUAUCCAUUAGAAGGAGAACUGUAUGAAACAAAUGAAAAUGCUGUUUCCUAUAAAUAUUUCAUAGAUGUGGUAGCUACAGAUGUUAAAUCAUAUUCAAAUGAAAUAAAAACAUAUCAGUAUUCAGCAAAAGACAUUCAAAGAAUAAUCAAUCAUAAUAUUGGAAGUCAUGGUAUGCCUGGUAUAUAUUUUCAAUAUGAUAUAAAUGCUCUCAAAUUUAUCAUCACAGAAAAUAAAAUUACCUUGUUUCAUUUAAUUAUUGAAAUAGCAUCAACUAUUGGGGGCUUAUUUUUAUUAUUUAAUUUUAUGAAAAUUCUAUUAGAUAAGUUCACUAAAAAAAUAUAUUCCUAUUUUUGCAACUGAUAACAUUGCAAAAGAGAAAAGUCUUAAGAUUAUAAAUGACAAUCUGUUAUAACAUAAUGAAACUAUUAAAUUAAUUUUGAAGUUA